UAACGAGUUUUUUUCUUAGGUUUUUAUUAUUCAUCAGCAAACUGUUAGAUUAGAACCAUCUAUCUGAUUAUUCUGUAACCUAUUAAGAGAUUAGAUUAACGUGCCCAAACCACCGCGCACUGCAUCGGUUCAUUCGUAUAUGCGUUCGAUAAAGAACGAUAAAAACCUCCGAAGGCUGUACGUUUCGUAUACGUGUACGGUGUAAUAUUAUUUAGUAUAAUGCUCGUUUAUUCGUCUAAGUUUUCCGUUCGUUUGAAAUAAUCAUUUAAACAAUUAUUACUGGAAUUUUUUUUUUACCAGUAUUCGGUUAAAAACUUAAAACGUCGUUAACUUGCAAAUCGUUCGACCGGCUGAUACUUCGAGGACAUCCGCAGUAUCGCAACACGACAGUUAGAGCCAAAAGGGCACGAAACAUGUACGCAGUUACAGGUGAAGAAUUCACGGCGGAAUACUUCCACGAUUCGCUGUACCCGUGAUCGGGAGAUGAAGUCAUGUUCCAAUGUUCGUCUACGAGCACGGUCGGCGCCAACGCAGGUGUCGUCUCCAGUGACACGCAAAACGGUUACCGCGGUCAUUACCAUCACGAUCGAAUAGUGUACGUGCCGUCGUCCAAGCCAAAUAUGUUCGGUCUUGCGCACCACCAGUACGGCGCACCAUCGCCGACGCCGCUGCCACCGCCGCCACCGUCCACGGACGGCACCGCAGUACCCGGGGCCACCACUCACACGUGGCAGAACACGCCGGCCCGGGUACAGAGCAGCAGUCACCACGUCCCUGCCGCCGCCGGUUCGCCGGCCACCAACAACGGUGGCGGGAUGUCCACGGGUGGACACCCGAACGUCGUCCCGAUGUCGUCAUCAUCGUCGGCCACCCCGCCGUUCUACCAGAGUGCCGCCGCCGCUGCAGCCGCCGCGGCCAUUAUGUGGCCCAACCCUACAGCCGCCGCAUUCCAGGCUCAUCACUACGACGCCGGAAUGGAUUUGCAGUUCGGAGACGGCCGGGAGUGCGUCAACUGCGGCGCAAUCUCCACGCCGUUGUGGCGCCGCGAUGGCACCGGACACUAUCUGUGCAACGCAUGCGGCCUGUACCACAAGAUGAACGGCAUGAACAGACCGCUUGUCAAGCCUGCCAAAAGAUUGGUCUCCUUCGAGACCGCAUCCAACAGACGCCUUGGUCUGUCGUGUACGAAUUGCGGCACCCGAAUGACCACUUUGUGGAGGAGAAAUAACGACGGCGAGCCCGUGUGCAACGCGUGCGGUCUGUACUACAAACUGCAUGGCGUCAACAGGCCGCUGACGAUGAGAAAGGACGGUAUCCAGACAAGGAAAAGGAAACCUAAGAAGCAGCCUUCGUCGUCGUCCUCUUCUUCUAACGGUUCGUCAAAUGUGGAGAACCAUAAACAAUCCACUUCCGCGGCCAUAGAUCUAUUAGUGAACAAACAUCAUUCGACGGUAGAAAUCAAACACGAACACAAUUACGAUCCAGCGGCGGCUGCGGCUGCCGCUGCGGUGGCCGCGGAACACUUCCUCUUUCCCGGCACGGCGGGCGGCCAUCAUCAUCCCCAGCUGGGCGGGUUCAGUUUUCCGCUCCCUCAGGCUCCGGUGCCGGCACACAACUACCAACACCUGUUGAACGGACACGUCAACAAUAAACUGAUGGCGUCAUAGAAUCUGACUUGUAUAUAGAUUGAAGUCUGAAACAGUCGCCGUUAUUGGAUUUUGUACAUAAUUAAAAUAUAGUAUAACCUAUAUAUAUAUAAAUAUAUCAUAAUAUUAUCAUAUUAAAAAUAUAAUAAUAUAUAUUAUAUAUUAUAAUAAUAUAUAAUGUAGCCAACCAAGUUCGACUUCUUGCAAUUUCUCGACUUAAUAAAAUACACAAUGAUACUAACAAAAUUAAGACAUUAUAAUUUGCGUAGUUGUAUGUACCUACUGAGUACUGAAGUCUGAAACACCAACGGUUUGACGAAAUAUGUGUUAGGUAUAGUAAAAAAAGCAUAUAAUGAUAAUGGCAAUUCAUCGUAAACGUGCACAUUUUUUUAACGCGCAAUACAAUAUUGUAUCACGCUAUCUUACUAAAACUUUAUUUAAAACUAUAGUUAUUGCUAAUCACGUCAGUCGUGUAGUUCUAUUGUGUUUAAAUUUUAGUGUGGUCAAUAAAUGUGCGUUCUAGUUUUAAAAUUUAAAUGACAUUUACGAAGAAAGGACAUUUUAACGACUAACUGUUUUCAAAUUUGUCUAGUCUUUUAUACGUAUGUUUUAUACAUACGCGUAAUAUCUAUAUGAUGUAAGCAUGCAAUGCAUCGAUUUCCAGAUUUUUUUUAUAUUUUUCGUACCGACGGUUUUCGCUUAACGCUUAGUACUCACGAAAUUAUAUUCAUCUGUUAAAAAUUGUACAUAAUAUUUUAUUACCUGGACUUAUAUAAUACGUGUUUCUUCAGAGCGUUAGAAAUUAUAUUUGGCAUGUCCUCACUUAUAAAAAGCCAAAUUUCGAUUUUUCAUUAUGUAUAUAUAUAUAUAUUAACUUAGUAGAUUUAUUAUUAAUUUAUAUAAUGUGUAAGUAUAUUUAUUGUACAGAGUACAUACUUCAUGGAAUGUAAAAAAAACUAUUUUAUAAAUAUGGUAAUAUAUAUUUACGACUUAAUUAUUGUAUACAAUUAAAUGGCUAUCAUCGUAAUGUUAUUGUUGUAGCAGCAAAUACUACGAGCAUGACGAUUGGUGCGCGUAUCUAUCGUUUAUAAUAAAUAUUGUCUCCAACAUUAUGUAUAUUAUAUAAUAAUAUGUCUUACUAAACAUAUAGAAAUUAUCUAUCAGUCUCAAUGUAUUCUACUCUAAUAACACGGUGACAACAUUUUUGUAUUUAAUAACAAUUAUUAAACUAUUAUAUCAAAAUCAUAAAUAAAAAACCAUUUUUUCUUA